CAGGCCUAGCACCUAUCGUGACAAUCAUUCACCACCAUGGCAGUCACCCUCAUCACUAGCUCUCGUGCGUUCUCAUGGCAACAAGAGUUUGCCUUGAUAACGGUUGCGUAGGGGGUUGGGGGUACGUCUAUAUAAACGCCAGCUCCCCCACCAUAUUAAACUUCCUCUUCACAGGAUCCUACAAACAUUGUAGCAUCUGUCUAGCAUUUUAAUGCUUCUCUUCGAUAAGUUCUCCAAACUCAUCGCUAACUGUUCUUCACACCUGCACACAUCCUAUCCUUCCUCUCCUCUCACUGUUCCCUCCCUGCCGUUGAUGCAAAUCCCGGCGGGCUCCCCUUCUCUCUCCCUUUCUCUCCUUUCCCGUCCCGCCUUCCCAUUCAUCCUCUUCAUCCUCUUCCUCUACCUCGUUCGAGUAUGUUUGCCGGUUUUGCUUGCUGCUUUCAGUUACAGAGACGAUCGCCUGGAUCCCGACUUCAAGACCGCAGCAGCACUCGCCUUGACCGCGCCCAAGCCCGCUCCCCAGCCGCCGAUCCAGCUCUGGCAACUCGAACCGUUAAAGGUCACCAUCCGUCGUCCCCGGAAAUGCACGAAUUGUAUCCUCCCGACAACCUCUCUGGAUACUGGUCUCCGGAGCCUUCUGCGACACGUAGGUCCCUGCAGCAAGCGUCCAUCGAAAUCCGUUUCCUGGAAGAAAGACUUGAACGACACCUUGGAGUACUCCCAGUGGACGCCGCCGCCGCCGCCUUCUCCAUGGAAGCCUGGACGCAGCAUCCUCAAGGACCCCAAGGUAUCUCGGCUGGCCAAGUCAGUCUCCUUCAGUCCGAACGCCACGCUGUACACCUGCUAUAUCGACUGGGAGCCCCGAUCCAUCCUCCGCAAGCCCAACGUCAACUUCAGCACCAAGCUCAGCAUCAAGCCCAGGAAGAAGGCCGCCAAAUCCGUGACCAUACAGGAAGACAAGAACGAAGUCCGGACUUUCGAACGGUGGAUGCGGCCUCAGCGCUACGAAGAGCACUUUCAGAAAAAGGUCCUGGUACAACUGCAAGUGGAUCCUCCUCGGCUGCGACGGCUUCCUCGGAUGGACAACGAUGGCGACGUCGACAUGGACUGCUGAUCAGCUGGACUCGGACGCGGCCCCGGACCAGGAUCUGGAUGUGCUGCUGCUGCUUCUUGUUAUUGGUUUCGCAUGGUUUCUCUGCUUGCUCUUACAAAACAAAAACACAAAAAAAGUUCAAAAGGGUCAAAACGUGGAGGCAAAAAAAAGGCCUUGGUGGCUGUUCUAUUGUUGGCUUGGGUAUUGUUUCUUGCCUUGUUUCUUUCCUUGUUUCUUGCUUUGCUUCUUUGUUUCUUUGUGGCCUUGUUCGUUGUUGCAUUGUUUUUGUGUUCUCUUUUCUACUUAACUGGCCGGGGCAGCAUUCGAGAGGUCGUCGUGAUGGAUGGUGGUGUAGUAUCGCACCACCACUGGUAAGCAUCACCCUCCCCCUCCCUCCUCCAUGUGGAUCUUACUGACCUCUGUCGCAGGUUGAGCACGCGCAUCGAUAUUCACAGCCGAUUUGGUACGUAUCACCCUGUUCCCCCUAAAGCUAAUGUGUUCUACGUAGGUACACCAGCGCGGGCUCGCACUUCUACGCAGUACUGGUGACCAGUAGCUGGAGCAUAUCCAGUGAAGCCAAGACGAGCCCAAUGAAUGCAAGCAGUUUUCUCUCGAUGCAUCCGUGAUCGUGACCAUGUUCUUGUGACGUGAACUG